AUGGCUAAUUUCACUAUGAGUGGAUUUCUUCUCAUGGGAUUUUCAGACAAGGUUGAGCUAGAAAUCUUACUUGCUUUUCUGUUCUUAGUCUUAUACAUGGUGGCUUUAACGGGCAAUAUCUUUAUUAUCACAGCAAUUUCCAUGUAUAGUAGUCUCCACUCACCCAUGUAUUUCUUCCUGAAACAUCUCUCCUUCCUGGACCUGUGCUACAUUUCCGUGACGGUGCCAAGGGCCAUUUACACCUCUUUCAUGCACAGUGGCUACAUCUCCCUGGGGGAGUGCAUAGUGCAGUGUUUUGCCUUUGUUCUCUGUGCUUGUGCUGAGCUGUCCAUUCUCACGGUGAUGUCUUAUGACCGCUACGUGGCCAUCUGCUUUCCACUGCGCUAUGACAUCAUCAUGGACGCCAGCAAGUGUGUCCACGGAGUCUUAGGUGCCUGGAUUGGUGGGAUCAUUUCUGGACUCAUGCACACAACUGCCACUUUCUCCAUGCACUUCUGUGGCUCCCAUGUCAUUCACCAGUUCUUCUGUGACAUCCCCCAGCUCCUGAAACUCUCUUGUUCAAAUGAGUAUAUCAGAGAGGUGGGGGUCACUGUAUUUUUGAGUCUUGUGACCUUAUUCUGUGUCACCAUUAUUGGACAAUCCUACCUGAAGAUCUUCUCCACUGUGCUGAGGAUGCC